GUGGGUGUCAGUAAAUACCUGUUUCCACCGGGGGAGAUGUUGCUCUGCUGGACCAUCGGCCUUCUGGUGGCCACCGUCACAGGGAAAGAGGUUUGCUAUGGACAUCUGGGCUGCUUUUCCAAUGAGAAGCCAUGGGCAGGGAUGCUUCAGCGGCCUUCGACGGCACUACCUUGGUCCCCAGAGGACAUCGAUACCAAAUUUCUUCUGUACACAAAUGAAAAUCCAAACAACUACCAAGAGAUCUCUGCCACUGACCCAGCCACCAUCAAGGCUUCCAGCUUCCAACUGGACCGCAAGACACGUUUAGUCAUCCAUGGCUUCACAGACAAGGGAGAGGGUAGCUGGCCGGUUGACAUAUGCAAGAGUAUGUUUCAAGUGGAGAAAGUGAACUGUAUUUGCGUCGAUUGGAGGCACGGCGCCAAGGCCGAAUACACCCAAGCCGCCUACAACACUCGGGUUGUGGGCGCUGAGAUUGCUUACUUAGUACAAGUACUGUCGACAGAGCUGAAUUACAGCCCAGAGAAUGUGCAUCUCAUCGGCCACAGUCUGGGAUCACACGUGGCUGGGGAAGCAGGCAGGAGACUUGAGGGUCGCUUGGGCAGGAUCACAGGACUGGACCCUGCGGAGCCCUGUUUCCAAGGCCUGCCAGAGGAAGUCCGGCUGGACCCAUCAGAUGCCAUGUUUGUAGAUGUGAUUCACACAGAUAGUAAACCCAUGAUUCCCAACCUAGGUUUUGGGAUGAGCCAGAAGGUGGGCCAUCUGGAUUUCUUUCCAAACGGAGGGAAGGAAAUGCCUGGAUGUAAGAAAAACACCCUUUCCACCAUUGUUGAUGUAAACAGAAUAUGGCAAGGAGUUCAAGACUUUAUAGCCUGCAACCACCUGCGGAGCUUCAUGUACUACAACAGCAGCAUUCUCCACCCGGAUGGCUUCCUGGGGUUCCCCUGCAGCUCCUAUGAGGAGUUCCAGAAGAAUGGCUGCUUCCCUUGUCCAGAUGAAGGGUGCCCCCAAAUGGGACACUAUGCUGAUCAAUUUAGCGGGAAAACCGCUGCUGUGGAACAAACGUUCUUUCUGAACACAGGAGAUACUGAGGACUUUGCUCGUUGGAGAUACAAAGUGUCAGUCACACUGUCUGGAGCAAAGAAAGUGAACGGGUACAUCUUGGUCUCUCUGUAUGGAAGUAACGGAAACUCUAAACAGUAUGAAAUUUUCAGAGGCUCCCUCACACCAGAUACCUUACACGUGAAAGACAUUGAUGUGGACGUCAAUGUUGGAGAAAUCCAGAUGGUUAAGUUCCUCUGGAACAACAAUCAGAUAAACUUCUCCAGUCCCGAGAUAGGAGCUUCACGAAUCACCGUGCAGAGUGGUAAAAACGGGAAAGAGUACAACUUCUGUAGCAGCAGCACUGUGAGUGAAGACGCCUUGCAGUCUCUUUACCCUUGCUAGAGGUGUGCUCUGGCUCUUGCCUCUUUUCCAUAAUAAAUGUUUUUAAUGCG